AUGGAUCCCUCCGAAACGACGCCAUCUGAGGCGAAGUACAUCAACUUCCCUUGCCUCCCCGCCGAUGCCAAACAUCCGGAUGGCACCCCCGCACUCAACCGGUAUUCGUCCACAAUUACCAGAGGUCAUGACUUCCCCGGUGCUCGGGCUAUGCUCUUUGCUGCCGGUGUCCCAAACAAGGACGCCAUGGCGAAGAGCCCGCAUGUGGGCAUUGCCUCAGUCUGGUGGGAGGGCAACCCUUGCAACAUGCACUUGAUGGAUCUGGGAAAGACCGUGAAGAAGGCAGUCGGGGAGCAGGGCAUGAUCGGGUGGCAGUAUAAUACCAUUGGCGUCUCGGAUGCCAUUACCAUGGGCAGCGAAGGCAUGCGAUUCUCGCUACAGACCCGUGAGGUGAUUGCUGACAGUGUCGAGACCGUGACGUGUGCCCAGUACCAUGACGCCUGUAUCGCCAUUCCUGGCUGUGACAAGAACAUGCCCGGUGUGGUAAUGGGCAUGGCGCGGCACAACCGGCCUUCAAUUAUGAUCUACGGCGGAACAAUUCAGAUCGGCUAUUCGGAGUACCUCCGGAAACCCAUCAACAUCUCAACCUGCUUUGAGGCGGCCGGUGCCUACGCGUACGAUACGCUGAAGCAGCCCGAUGACGGCGGCGAUACGAGUAAGACAAAGGAUGAAAUUAUGGAUGAUCUGGAGCGACACGCCUGUCCAGGCGCGGGCGCCUGUGGUGGAAUGUUCACGGCGAACACAAUGUCGACUGCCAUUGAGUCGAUGGGUCUGUCUCUGCCCGGAUCCUCGUCCACCCCGGCGGCAUCGCCAGCCAAGAUGCGCGAGUGUGUGCGUGCUGCCGAGGCCAUCAAGGUUUGCAUGGAAAAGAACAUCCGGCCUCGGGAUCUAUUGACCAAGCGUUCAUUCGAGAACGCCCUGGUCAUGACCAUGGCCCUGGGUGGUAGCACCAAUGGUGUGCUUCACUUCCUGGCUAUGGCCCGCACUGCCGGCGUCGACUUGACCCUGGACGAUUUCCAGCGUGUCAGCAACAAGAUUCCCUUCAUUGCCAAUCUGUCUCCGAGCGGUAAAUACUAUAUGGCCGAUCUCUAUGAGAUUGGCGGAAUUCCAUCAGUCCAAAAGCUGCUUAUUGCUGCGGGACUCCUCGACGGUGAUAUUCCCACCGUGACUGGCAAGACACUCGCCGAGAACGUGGCGUCCUUCCCGUCGCUGCCCCAGGGACAGGACUUGAUUCGCCCCCUGGAUAACCCCAUCAAGGCGACAGGCCAUCUGCAAAUUCUGCGUGGAAAUCUCGCACCCGGCGGAGCGGUUGCCAAGAUUACGGGCAAAGAAGGUCUACUUUUCAAGGGCAAGGCUCGGGUAUUCAAUAAGGAGAAACAACUCAAUGACGCGCUGAAUGAGGGUCGCAUCCCACGUGGGGAGAAUCUAGUGCUGAUUGUCCGCUACGAAGGCCCUAAGGGUGGGCCCGGCAUGCCGGAACAGCUCAAGGCCAGCGCCGCCCUGAUGGGAGCGAAACUGAACAACAUUGCGCUAAUCACCGAUGGCCGCUAUUCAGGGGCCAGUCAUGGAUUCAUCGUUGGACAUAUCACCCCCGAAGCAGCGGUGGGUGGGCCCAUUGGACUGGUCAAGGACGGGGAUGUGAUCACCAUUAAUGCGGAAACAAAUGAGUUGUCGAUGGAUGUAUCGGAUGAGGAACUUCAGGAGCGGCGCCGCCAAUGGACUCCACCAGAGCCACAGAUCACUCGGGGUGUGUUGGCCAAGUACGCGCGGUUGGUGGGUGAUGCAUCGCAUGGAGCUAUGACAGACCUGUUCUAG